ACUUCCGCCGGGUCAGAGGUCACCGCAGUUUGAGCAAAGAUGGCGUCGCUGAGUGACAAGUCAGUUUGGGACGAGGUGGAGGAUGGAAUCGGAGAAGAAGUGUUGAAGAUGUCCACGGACGAGAUCGUCCAGAGGACUCGUCUCCUCGACAGCGAGAUCAAGAUCAUGAAGAGCGAGGUGCUGCGCGUGACCCACGAGCUGCAGGCCAUGAAGGAUAAGAUCAAAGAAAACACGGAGAAGAUCAAAGUGAACAAGACGCUGCCCUACCUGGUGUCCAACGUGAUCGAGCUGCUGGACGUGGACCCCAACGACCAGGAGGAGGACGGGGCCAACGUGGACCUGGACUCCCAGAGGAAAGGCAAGUGCGCCGUCAUUAAGACCUCCACCCGGCAGACCUACUUCCUGCCCGUGAUCGGGCUGGUGGACGCGGAGAAGCUGAAGCCCGGAGACCUGGUUGGUGUCAACAAGGACUCCUACCUGAUCCUGGAGACCUUACCCACCGAGUAUGACUCCAGAGUCAAGGCCAUGGAGGUGGACGAGCGCCCCACGGAGCAGUACAGCGACAUCGGAGGUCUGGACAAGCAGAUCCAGGAGCUGGUGGAGGCCAUCGUGCUGCCCAUGAACCACAAGGAGAAGUUUGAGAACCUCGGCAUCCAGCCACCCAAGGGAGUCCUGAUGUACGGUCCACCUGGAACUGGUAAGACCCUCCUGGCCAGGGCCUGCGCCGCUCAGACCAAGGCCACUUUCCUGAAGCUGGCAGGUCCACAGCUGGUCCAGAUGUUCAUCGGAGAUGGAGCCAAGCUGGUGAGAGAUGCCUUCGCUCUGGCCAAAGAGAAGGCCCCGUCCAUCAUCUUCAUCGACGAGCUGGACGCCAUCGGGACCAAGAGGUUUGACAGCGAGAAGGCGGGAGACAGAGAGGUGCAGAGGACCAUGCUGGAGCUGCUCAAUCAGCUGGACGGGUUUCAGCCCAACAUGCAGGUCAAGGUGAUUGCCGCCACCAACAGAGUGGACAUCCUGGACCCUGCGCUGCUCCGUUCAGGUCGUCUGGACAGGAAGAUUGAGUUCCCGAUGCCAAACGAAGAGGCCAGAGCUCGCAUCAUGCAGAUCCACUCCCGCAAGAUGAACGUCAGCCCUGACGUCAACUACGAGGAGCUGGCUCGCUGCACCGACGACUUCAACGGAGCCCAGUGCAAAGCCGUGUGUGUGGAGGCCGGCAUGAUCGCCCUGCGGCGUGGGGCCACGGAGCUGAACCAUGAAGAUUACAUGGAGGGAAUCCUGGAGGUCCAGGCCAAGAAGAAGGCCAACCUUCAGUACUACGCCUGAGGACACUGUCUGUGUCUGUGUUUAUAUGUGAGAGGAUCUUAGAUUAUUAAAACAGUUGUUGGGUAAACACUUGUUAAAGUUGCUGAUUUACUUGGGUUAAUAAAAAUAAAUAAAA